AUGAAUAUAGAAACUGAUAAGAAAAACACUCGUAAAGCUAAAUCUACCAAAAGGAAUGCCAAAGGUGAGUCAAAAGACAAUAACGCCAAUCCAACAAGUGACAAGGCAGCUCCAAAAACUGCCAAGACAAGACCACCACCUAUCUAUGCUAAUAUAACAGGCAUUAAAACAGUAAUAACUUUCCUCACAUCUAAUGGAAUCGCAGCAAAUGAAUUUACUGUGAAAGAGUUUGACGAAUCCUACUCAAAAGUGAUACCAAAUAAUAUGGAUGCUUACACGCUAUAUAAAAAGCAACUUGAAAAGCAGAAAAUACAAUAUUUCACUUACACUCCUCGUCACCUCAAAGUCAAGACAGUCGCCUUGAAAGGAGUCAGAGGAGGCUAUGACGAAAUCGACGUCAAAAAUGCGCUGAUAGCCUUUAAUCUACCUAACACAACAAUAACAAAAGUGAGUAAACUAAUUUUCGAUAAAACCAAGCCUCACUUAUAUCACUUUCUAGUCUCAGCAUCCGCUGACAGCAAUCUGGCGAUGCUAAUGAGGCAAAAAACCUUACUGUCCCAAAUAAUCAGAUGGGAAAGACUCAAAAGACCAGCUCUCUUUAUGUGCACCAGAUGUCAACAAACUGGACACUCCAGUGCUAAUUGUAAUAUGGAACCCGCCUGCGCCAAAUGUGCGGGUCCACAUGAAACAAAAACCUGUACGGUAGUUACAGCAACGGAUAAAACGGCCCAAAAAUGCAUCAAUUGCGGCGAAAAAGAUCAUCCAGCCAGCUAUAAGGGCUGUCCAGCCCUUAAAUUAGUUGCCAAAGUCAGACUAAAUAAAAGAAAAAUUGACGAAGCCAGAAGGAAAAAAAUUAUGGAGUCCAUCAACAACUAUGUCACUCCAACUCAAUCAUUUGCCAACAUUACUGACAAUACUAGUUCAAGACACUUCCCAAGCCUACCAAAAGCGCGUCCAACAGCAGCAGGUGUAAAUUUUAAUAUGCAAAACCCAAGAACUGAGCCAGCAUCAACUACGACCAGACAAAAUCUUGGCAACGAUACAUCUCACCUAGAGAACCUAUUAAUAUCGUUUAAAAACGAUAUAGUUAAAGAAUUCAAAAAAUUGAAUGAAAAAGUUAACUCCAACUCCAGUAGAAUUGACCAAAUAAUGGCCGCAACUGAUAGGCCCAACUCCACCAAAGGUGGAGGUACAGCCAUAGCUAUUCACAACAAAUUAAAGUUUACAACAAUUCACUAUCCGCACUCACUGAAAAAUAAAGUAAUCGAAUAUACAGCAAUUAAAAUUAAAAUAAGUAACAAAGCUAAUUUAAUAAUAAUCAGCAUAUAUGCCACACAGAAGUAUGGUCAAACUUUCAUCAACGAACUUAACAAAUUAAUGAGAGAAUUUAAACUAGACAAUGCAUCCAAUUAUUAUCUAAUUGCAGGAGAUUUUAACACCAAACAUAUCUCAUGGGGUGAUGUUGAUUCAAAUAACAGAGGCGAUCAGCUGGUAGAUUGGUUAGAAGCCAAUUAUCUUCAAUAUAAAAUAUCUAUGAUACCACCGAGUACGCCUACAUUCCACAAUGCUAAAAUAAAAUCAUAUCUAGAUCACUGCUUAAUAGAUAUGAGAAUUGAUGUCGAAGAUCUAAUCAACGGUAAACUGAUUACGCUUCCUUAUGAUAGUGAUCACUGGGCCAUCUCACUCACAAUCUUCAUAGAAGUAGAGUCAACCGAUUUUACUCACAACCAAGAUAGUAAUCGUAAAGCAUUAAACUACAAGAAAGCUAAUUGGAAUAAAUUUGGAAGAAACUUACUGGAUAACUAUACAGAUGAAUGCUCAGUCCCUUAUGAUAGAAACUUGUCUAUCGAAGAGAUUGACAACCACAUCAUAGAACUAGAAAACAAAAUAGUUAACUCCAUCCAAGCAACUGUUCCCACCAUCAAGAAAAAAGAUGAUUACUUCAUAAAAUACAGCAACAGAAAAAUCAAUAAACUUCAUGCUUAUAAAUCUUUCCUCAUCAGAAGAAAAUUCAAAAAUAUACCAGUUAGUUCCCAAGAAAAAAUAAAAAUCAAAGCCAUCAUUAAAAGAAUUAACACUUUAAUUCAAAGAGAGUUCAAAAAAACAGUCACUGCAUAUUGGGAAGCCCAAGUGAAAUCUAUCAACUAUAAGAAGCCACAAGAUUUCUUCCCAAAAAUCAACAGAAUGCUGAGACAGAGGAAAGAAAUCAGUAUUAACACACUUAAAAUUAACAACGAUAACAGUCAACUGAACUCACAUUUUAUGUCUAAAUUCCCAGAACUAGUCAAUAAUAAUCAACUGAUCGCCACAGAUGCGGACACCAAAUUAUACAUCAUAGAAAGCAUCAACGCUCCUAGAUACUCCAAUUUGGGAACGAUCAACAAAAUUGAUAUUGAUAAAGUUGCUGAACAGACUAAAAAAUUGAAAGACAACAUGAGGCUCCUAAACAAGUCUUUUGUCGAAUUCUCCAACACCAACCGUGCCUAUUACCCAACUAACCAAGAUGAUGACUCCAGGUUUUUAUUCAGCUAUAUAGCUAUGUACAAGUUCAACUAA